AGACGAACCGAAGAGUUGGGAAGAUACUGACACACCUGAAUAUCACUUCAGCUUAGUUACUUUAGAUCAAGACUUCAAACCUUUUCAGAGAAACUAAAGAUGGCUACUGGAUGGUCAACAAUUACAAAAGAAAACACCAAYUUUGCUCGAUUGUGUAAAUUACUCAUCGAUGGAGGAACUCAUGCCCUUAGAGUCAUUUUUGAUGCCAAACAUCCACCUCACGAUCUAAAGAAACAUUUGAUGGACAGCAGGAUUCAUAAUAUCUUAAAGAAUUUGAAGGCUAAAAAACUUCUACGACCAGAGCAGUGGAACAGACUGUAUCCAAGUGUAGGAUCGGCAACAUCUACAGGUUUUGACAUAACUCUCUUAAGUUUACUGUUGCGCAAUAUCUGCAAUUUGCCAACACCAGUAAAAGGAUGGAACGAAGAGCCUGCUACAGGAAGUGUUAACGUGGAAGAUGAUGUAGUAAGGUUGAGAUUAUACCGUAAUAAUCUCUAUGGUCACAUCUCUGAACCAGCUCUAUCAAACGCUGAUUUCAACAAGUACUGGAACGACAUUGAAACUGUUUUGUUAAGACAUGGUGUAAACAAGACAGCCAUUGAUAGUCUUAAGACACAAUCCUUCGAACCAGAAGAUGAAGACUACUACAUCAAAUGCUUAAAAGAAUGGAUCACUGAUGAGGCUGAUAGAGUAAUCCAUGAAGUGAAGGAAUCAGAAAAGAGAGUGCUGGAUGAAUUUGGAAGCGUAAAGGACAAGCUGGAAAAAGUUGAUAAUAUAGAGCAAAAGCUAGACCAACUAAGUCCAACGCGACCUGCAAGUCGACCGACAACAUCUCAAGAUGCGGAACGUUACUGUGAAAAACUAAAGGAAGCAAUAAUAACCCAAACGGACGAUCUACAACCAAAAGGAAUGAUCCAUGCACCAAUGAAGACCGACCAUAUUUUCACCAAUGUAGUUGUUCACCACGGAAAGGAAAGAUGUCCAGAACAAAUUCAAAGCGGACAGCACCCUGUACACCGUAAAACGCUGACCGAAAUCAAGCACUGCAGUGAAAUUUUUGUUCAAGAAGAUGAAAACCUGACUUUCUUCCAAAAUAUUCUGGCAAAAAUUCGAAAGCUCAGAAAAAAGAAUCCUAAGAGAAUAAUAGUUUCUGGNUGUUGA